AGGGACGCGAUUGCACGAAGGAGGACGAGGAGAGACAGACGAUCUUUCAGCAGCUCCACCGGAACGAUCUUGAGACACGCACUCAUUUUGACAUCAUCGUAGCUAGGAGAGGGCAGAGGAGUGUGUGUGUGUGUGUGUGCCCACGUGGGUUCAUCUCUACGCCAUGGCAGGACCAUCGGCCUGGGUGUGCCGCACGUUGAUCGUGCUGACAGUGUUACUGACCGAUUUACCUGAAAAGUCUAAAGCCGACGAUUUCUUCAAAUCAUGCGAACCACUGCGACCCCCCGAGAGCGGAUACCUUGAAUGCGCGUCCGACUCACAAGGCCAAUUGUCAUGUACCGUCUCCUGUAUGAAAGGAUACCACUUACAGGGCGGAAUUACCGGCGUCUACAACUGUCGAAGCGGAAACUGGACGCCUUCGGCAGAGAUGCCGAAUUGCAUCCUGAAUCGGAUCGUGUGCUCCACACCUGAUCCGCCGCUGAACGGUGCCGUGAGCUGCGUGAUGGAGGUGACGGGAGAGCAGACUUGCCGAGCUGACUGUGCCCAGGGCUACAGCUUUGCGAUGGCAAUCGACCCGCCACUCAUCGCCUGUAUCGACGGCCACUGGAACGGCAGCUUCCCACAGUGCUACCCGGAAGACAUCGCGAGUCCUUCGCAAAUGAACACGGUCUACUUCGAGCCAGGCAAUCCCGGAGAGUGCGUGGCGUGGGGUCUCAGCCAUUUCCGCUCCUUUGAUGGGUCCCUGUUCGAGUUCCGCGGAGGUUGCUCCUAUCUGCUGGCGGGAGACUGCACGGACCAGACCUUCUCCGUGGUGCUGAGAACUGUGCGGCCGUGCAACUCGCUCGCCAACUGCAAGAGGAACUUAACCAUCACCAUCGGGCUCAUCGCCCUCGACCUCAGUGGCAGCGAAGACGGCCCCGUGGCUUCCUCGAGCUCCAGCCUCAUCUCCAUUCCCACGUCGUGGAACGGCCUCCUCAUCGAGCGCAUCGCCGAUUCCAUCCUCGUUCGCAGCGGCCUGGGCUUCACCGUGCGCUGGGACGGCGAAAAUGCCAUAUCAGUGAUGGUCACCAACGAGCUCAGUCAGAAAACGUGCGGUCUUUGCGGCCUGUUCAACAACGACACGUCGGACGACUUGACCGGGAAGAACGGACGGCUCGCUACCUGCCCGCUCGCCUUCGGAAUGAGCUGGCGAGCCACGGAGCCCGGCGAGGAUGACAGCUGCCUUAAAAGCUCAUCGGCCGUGAGCAUGUGUCAGCCAGAUACGCUUCCAAUAGCCUAUCUGCAGUGCAAGAAGAUCCGCCACAAUCAGUUCUCCAACUGCACAGACGACGUGAGCCCGGAGCCGUACAUGCGCGCCUGCUUGGAGGACGUGUGCCUCUGCUUGCUGAACAACCGAACCGACUGCCACUGUGCCUCCUUCGAGGCGUAUGCCGGGGCGUGCUCGCGUCGCGGACACAGGCUCAGCUGGCGGGCACCGGACCUGUGCCACGUUGAAUGUCCUCCGUCCAUGGUGUACGACGACUGUGGGAGCGCCUGCCCGCACACGUGCAAGAGCGCCGUGUUCACUUGCGAGAACCAGCAGUGCGUGGAGGGCUGCCACUGCCCAGACGGUACCCUGCUGCACGACAAGACCUGCAUCACGCAGGACCAGUGUCCCUGCUCGAGCUUGGGCGAUGAAUAUCCCACUGGCAGCAUCAUCCUCGUCGACUGCAACAACUGCACGUGUGUUGGUGGAAACUGGCAAUGCACGACCACUCAAUGUGAAGCCACUUGUAAGGUAGUGGGAGAGACGCACGUGACAACGUUCGACAAGCGACCCUACGAAGCGGCAGGGCUGACUCUGGGAUGCGCGUACACCUUGGUGGAACCCUCGGACCCCUCUGCUGAGGCCUACGCCAUAGAGCUGGAGGGAGCCGCUUGUGGAUCAUCCGCCAAAGUGUGUUCCCGCGCCGUCAACAUUCGUGCUGGUGGACAAGCGCUGCGCCUCCAAGGGCCUCUCGAGUGUCUGCUCAACGGGUGGCGCAUCGGGGAGCUGCCCCGGAAAAUCCCAGGUCUCCUGGUGGAACGUGUCUCUGGCCAGUUUGUCAGGGUGACUCUGGACAACGGCCUGCGCAUCUCUUGGGAUGGCGUGCGGCGCCUGUACGUGACGGCUCCGCCUGAGCUCGAAGGCACGGUGGCUGGGCUGUGCGGCACUUUCACCCGCGACCAGCGCGACGACUUCAUGACGCGUGCGGGAGAUGUCGAGAUCGAGGUGUGGGCCUUCACCGCUCGCUGGAAGGUGGCGCAGGGAGCGACCAACUCGUGCCCCGAUGCCAAUUCGCUGGCGCUGGCGUCUCCGUGCAACACGUACGCCCAGCUCAACGCGGCCGCCCAAGAGACUUGCAACAAACUGAUGAUCGACCCGUUUAACUUUUGCCACACACGUGUCAACCCGGAUGCUUUCAAAAAGGACUGCACAUAUGAGGUGUGCACAGCUGGGGCUCUGAGAGGCGCCGAAUGUAAGACAUUCGCAGACUACGCGUACAUCUGUGCUUCUCGAGGAGUCGUCCUGGCCAACUGGCGUCUACUUCUAGAUUGCACCGUGACGUGUCCCGGUGACAUGGUGUACCAGCAGUGUGCCUCUUCGUGCAGGAGUACCUGUGCCUCGCUGAGCAACCUCGAGGAAUGUCACGAGGAAUGUUCGGAGGGCUGCAACUGCCCAGAUGGACUUCUCCUUGAUUUCGAUGGUCUGAGCUGUGUGGAUCAGAGCCAGUGCAAGUGUUCUUACAGCAGCACAAACUACGCGCCAGGCAGCAUUUUGCAAAUGGGCUGCAAAAACUGCACGUGCGAGUACGGCGGAUGGUCCUGUUGGAGUUCGGAAGGCUGCGUUGACGACAGCGGACUAUGCCCCCAAAACAUGCAGUGGUCCCCAUGCAAGUCCUCCUGCCCUGUCACCUGCGGCAACAUGAACAACCCCAGCCUGUCCAACUGCAUCACGGAGAAAUGCGAUGCUGGUUGCGAAUGCUCGACGGGCCUGGUGUGGGACGGCUCUAAAUGUGUGCAACCCGCCCGUUGCCCUUGCUAUCACGGCGGACAAAGUUUCCAAACGGGACAAAGCAUCACACUCGACUGCAACAACUGCGUGUGCAAUGGACAGGUUUGGGAGUGUGAGCACAAGCGCUGUCCAGGCGUGUGCACGGUGUACGGCGACCCGCAUUACAGGACCUUCGAUGGACGUGCCUAUGACUUCCAGGGCAACUGCCAGUAUGUGCUUGCACGGACAACCUACAGCCUGAUAGACUACAGCAGUUUAAACUUGACCGACAUGGGCGACGUGGACAACGACGGCUUCAUCCUCACGGUCGAGAACGUGCCGUGCGGCAGCAGCGGUGUAACUUGCACCAAGAACAUCGGCCUCAAGUACUGGCGUGCUCACAACGGCGAUGUCUUCAAGAUAGAUCUGGUGCGGGGGAAAAAUGUCGUGGACUCCACCGGCAAUUUCAAUAUUCGCCGCGCAGGUCUCUACCUGUUCGUCGACACUCCCAUCGGCGUGUCCAUCCAGUGGGACUACAGCACGCGGCUCUACAUCAGGCUUCACCCCAAAUACAUGGGUUUGGUGGAAGGCUUGUGUGGAAACUUCAAUGGUGAUCAGAAUGAUGACUUUGUGACACCAGCUGCAGGACCACCUGAAGAGAUGCCAAACAUAUUCGGUGACAGCUGGAAGGUGCACGCGUACUGCGCACCGGCCGUGGUCAUCAACGACACGUGCCUGAUGCACCCUCACCGGGCAGCGUGGUCGCAGCGCAAGUGCGGCGUGCUCCGCUCAUCUCUGUUCGCCGACUGUCACGGCGUGGUCGCUGUGGCACCGUACGCUGACCGGUGCCUCUACGAUGCGUGUGGCUGCGAUAGCGGCGGUGACUGCGAGUGCCUGUGCACUGCCAUUGCGGCAUACGCCUACGAGUGCAGUGCAAACGGUGUGCCCAUCGAGUGGAGGAGCGACGAACUCUGCCCCAUGCAAUGCGGCCACUGCCCAAUGGAGUACUCGGCUUGCACCUCAGCGUGUCCCAAGACAUGCAGAAAUGCCAUGUUCUAUAAUGACAUCCUGUCAAACUGUAAGGACAGCUGUGUGGAGGGCUGCGCUUGUCCCGAUGGCUAUGUUUUGGAUGAGGCCGAGAAAAGCUGUGUCAAGGAGGACGAGUGCGUAUUCUGUAUAAUUGUGGCUGGGAUAAAAUACAAGGAGGGUGCUGUGAUACCAUCGAUGUCAGACAAGUGUCACACAUGUUACUGCUCCAAAGGACGCAUCCACUGUUUAGGCCAGCCUUGUAAACCCACUACUAUUGGUCCGACAGGGGAAUUUAGUACUAAGUCACAAAGUACAUAUUCAGAAUCAACCACCACAGGAUAUGAAGAAACUCCAACAACACCUGAAGAAAUAACAACCACAGUAUAUGAGAGUACAACCACUCCAGAAACGCCAACUCCAGAAACACCAACUCCCGAAACACCAACUCCAGAAACACCAACUCCAGAAACACCAACUCCAGAAACACCAACUCCAGAAAUCACCACUUCGGAAACCACCACCACCACUACAGAAACAACUACUCCAGAAAUUACCACCACCACUCCAGAAUCCCCCACUCCAGAAACACCAACUCCAGAAAUCACCACUCUGGAAACUACCACCACCACUACAACAGAAUCCACCACUCCAGAAACCCCCACUGUCAAAACCACCACCACUCCGGUAAUCACCACUUUACAGACUCCUGAAAGUACUACGCCACCCAGAGAGGUGUGUGCAGGUGGAUACUGGACAGAGUGGAUGAAUAGUGGUUCACCAUCAAUUGGCAAUGGUGGUGAUUUUGAAUCCCACACCGCAUUACAUCUAAAAUACUCUUAUUGUGACGAAUCUGCUGUGUCUGGUGUUGAGUGCCGUGUAAGUGGUUUGAAUGUACAGUGGUAUGCUACCCAUCAAGUUGGUGUGGUUUGCAGUAACAGCGGUCUUUCAUGCCACAACGACGAGCAAAUUAAUUACCCACUCUGCUUUGACUAUGAAGUACGAUUUUGCUGUCGGUCGGUAAUUACCGAGCAGUCAACAACUAUUGCUACAACUUCUCCACCAACGACCCCACCACCAAGUACAACCCCAAAGUUGUUGCCCCCAGGGUGUACCAAGCAUGGCUGGUCAGAUUGGAUGGAUUCAGACUCACCCUUUACGGACAAGGAAGGUGACCUUGAGAGCUUCACAAACCUACGUCGAUUUUACGUCUUCUGCGAAUCACCUGUGACAAUUCAGUGCCGCGUAAAGGACACCCCCCUGGCGUACGACGAAGCUGGACAAUAUGGUGUGACGUGUGAUUUAAUGUACGGUCUACAUUGCUAUAACAGACUGCAACCAGAACUUCAGUGCCUCAACUAUGAAGUCAGAGUUUACUGUCACUGCCAGAUCACUCCCACACCAUUUAAAACUGGGACAACGACGAAAGCACCAAUAACGGAAACCCAUAAAAGCACUCAUAAAUCAACUCAAAAAAGUACUACAUCACCUUGGGCUACACAUCUUGAUCUUACAUACUCACUACCCGAAUUUACACUGCCUCCUGAAGAGACAACAUUCAGCACUGCACACACUACAAAAUCAUCCAGCACUCAUUCUACCACCAAGAAAUUCUCUUCAGAAAUCACAACGAAAAUCCAUACGACUUCCACAUCUGUUUCUACAAGCACGUCAACUGAAUCUACCACCCCAGAAGAGAUUUACACAACUCCAAAGACUCAAUCAACUACAUCUUGCUAUUACAUAAUGCCCACCCCGAGGAUUAAAUAUUCUUCUUCAAGUGAUGAGCAAAUAUCACCAGAUUCUGAAAGUUCUGAGCAGGAUUCUCAUGAAUCAUGGACUCCAGAUAAAGAUGACAAAUAUCCUUACAUAGAGUUCAAUUUUACACCAGGAAAUGAAGUCAUUGGUGUACAAAUCAAGGGAAAGAUGGAAGAGUGGGUUACAAAAUUCACAGUUUCCUAUAGUGUUGAUGGAACAUUAUGGAUACCAUUAUACCAGAUAUUUGAGGGAAACUCUGAUGGAAAUUCUGUGAAAAUAAUCAAGUUCAGUCCUCCUAUUCCUAGCGAUGCUGCUUAUAUCCGUAUCUAUCCAAUUGACUGGAACAAGCACAUCAAAUUUUACGUCCAGCUUCUCCAAGACUGCCAGCCUGAGGCUUCCACAUCCGUGCCUGUUUAUACAAGCACACCACCCGAAUCUACAACUACCCUGGCAGAAACCACAACUCCAAAAAUUCAGACUACUACACCUUGCUAUUACAUAAUGACCAUCCCCACGGUAACAUAUUCCUCCUCAAGUGAAGAGCAAACAUCACCAGAAUCAGCAAGUUCUGAGCCAGACUCUCAUGAAUCCUGGACCCCGGACAAACAUGACAACAACCCCUUCAUACAGUUCCAGUUUCCUUCAGGCACUGAGGUCAUUGGAAUCCAAGUCAAGGGAAAGAAUGAUGAGUGGGUUACCAAAUUUACCGCGUCCUACAGUGUUGAUGGAAUCGUUUGGGUGCCGAUAGACCAGAUAUUUGAAGGCAACUCCGAUGGACACUCAGAGGCCAUCAUUUAUUUCAAGCCAUCUAUCCCAAAAGAUGCCGCUUAUAUCCGUCUCUAUCCAAUCGAUUGGAACAAUCACAUCAGCGUACAGGCCUACCUUCUACAAGCCUGCCUGCCUAUCACAUCCGUGCCUCCAAGCACACCACCCGAAUCUACGACUACCCCAAAAGAAACCACAACAAAAAUUCACGUAACUCACAAGACUCAUACUUCACCUUCCACAUCCGUAUCUGUUUCUACAAGCACACCACCCGAAUCUACGACUACCCCGGCAGAAACCACAACUCCAAAGACUCAGACUACUACACCUUGCUAUUACAUAAUGACCAUCCCCACGGUAACAUAUUCCUCCUCAAGUGAAGAGCAAACAUCACCAGAAUCAGCAAGUUCUGAGCCAGACUCUCAUGAAUCCUGGACCCCGGACAAACAUGACAACAACCCCUUCAUACAGUUUCAGUUUCCUUCAGGCACUGAGGUCAUUGGAAUCCAAGUCAAGGGAAAGAAUGAUGAGUGGGUUACCAAAUUUACCGCGUCCUACAGUGUUGAUGGAAUCGUUUGGGUGCCGAUAGACCAGAUAUUUGAAGGCAACUCCGAUGGACACUCAGAGGCCAUCAUUUAUUUCAAGCCAUCUAUCCCAAAAGAUGCCGCUUAUAUCCGUCUCUAUCCAAUCGAUUGGAACAAUCACAUCAGCGUACAGGCCUACCUUCUACAAGCCUGCCUGCCUAUCACAUCCGUGCCUCCAAGCACACCACCCGAAUCUACGACUACCCCAAAAGAAACCACAACAAAAAUUCACGUAACUCACAAGACUCAUACUUCACCUUCCACAUCCGUAUCUGUUUCUACAAGCACACCACCCGAAUCUACGACUACCCCGGCAGAAACCACAACUCCAAAGACUCAGACUACUACACCUUGCUAUUACAUAAUGACCAUCCCCACGGUAACAUAUUCCUCCUCAAGUGAUGAGCAAAUAUCACCAGAAUCAGCAAGUUCUGAGCCAGACUCUCAUGAAUCCUGGACCCCGGACAAAGAUGACAACAACCCCUACAUACAGUUUCAGUUUCCUUCAGACACGGAGGUCAUUGGUUUCCAAAUCAAGGGAAAGAAUGAUGAGUGGGUUACCAAAUUUACAGCGUCCUACAGUGUUGAUGGAAUCAUUUGGGUGCCGAUAGACCAGAUAUUUGAAGGCAACUCCAAUGGACACUCAGAGAUCAUCAUUUAUUUCAAGCCAUCUAUCCCAAUUGAUGCUGCUUUUAUCCGUCUCUAUCCAAUCGACUGGCACAAUCACAUCAGCGUGCAGGCCUACCUUGUACAAGCCUGCCUGCCUUCCACAUCCGUGCCUCCAAGCACACCACCCAAAUCUACGACUGCCCCAAAAGAAACCACAACAAAAAUUCACGUAACUCACAAGACUCAUACUCCACCAUCUACAUCUACGGCAGUUUCUACAAGUUCCCCACGAGUGCCCACCACACCACCUCGAUCUACUACAAAAAGUUAUCAGAUUACAACACCAUGUUCAUAUGCAAUGGAGAACCCGAAAAUUGAAUUUUCAUCCAGAAGUGAAGAUGAAGGAUCAGGAAGUUCUGAAGAAUAUUAUGAUGCACCAUGGACUCCAGACAAGAAUGAUCAAUCUCCUUACAUACAAUUUGAAAUACCACCUGGAAGUGAAGUCGUUGGCAUAAAAACACAGGGUCACCCAGAAGAUGAAGAAUGGGUUACAAAAUACAUUAUUUCCUAUAGCCAUGAUGGAGUUACAUGGGUGACUCUGGACAAGGUGUUUGAAGGCAAUCAUAACAAUAUUGCAGUGCAUAUUAACUACCUGGUUCCUUCAAUUUCAAAUUCCAAAUAUAUCCGCAUUAUUCCAGUAGAAUGGAAAAAUGAAAUUAGCUUGAUUGCAGAAGUGCUUCUUGGGUGUACGGAUCAAGCUUCGACAACUGCACCGGUCUCGAUAAGCAAACGAACAGGUUCUACGACUCCAGAAAAAAGCAUGACAACAAAAGUUUACACUACUCCAGAAGGAACCACAAAAACAAAAAUAUACACCACAACAAAAGAACGUACAACGAAAGUUCACACGACUCCAAAAGCACCCACGACAACAAAGGUUUACACGACUACACCUUGUUCAACACCAAUGAAAAAUCCUGAGAUUUCAUAUUCAUCAGGAGAUGUUCCUGAAACAGACAAACCAUGGUCUCCAAGUAGUGAUGACAACUCCCCAUUCAUAGAAGUUAAAAUACCUCCAGGAAGUACAUUUGUCGGCGUAAUAACCAAGGGUAAUCCAGAGCAACCUCAGUGGGUUUCAAAUUAUGAAAUUUCAUACACCACCGAUGGAAUUCACUGGGUGGUAAUUGACAAGAUAUUUGAAGGCAAUCAUGACAGCACCACGGAACAAACCAACUACGUGGUACCUUCAAUCCCAGAUCUUGUAGCCAUACGCAUCAUACCGAUAGAAUGGAUUGAUGAUGAAGUUAAGCAUACAGAUGAAUCAUAUGAAAAAAUAAGCAUAAUUGUAACAGUUCUGCUAGGUUGCAAAGUUCCGUCAACAACAAUACAAGUUUCAACAACUGAAACACCAACAACGCGGACUCCCACCCCUAAAGUGAAAACAACAACAAGCAUUCAAACCACAACACCUUGCUAUUACAUAAUGCCUAUCCCGAAGAUAACAUACUCCUCCUCAAGUGAUGAGCAAACAUCGGCAAAAUCAGCAAGUUCUGAGGCGGACUCUCAUGAAUCCUGGACCCCAAACAAACAUGACAGCAACCCAUAUAUACAAUUCCAGUUCCCUCCAGGGAAUUCAGUUAUUGGUAUACAAAUCAAGGGAAAGGAAGAAAAGAACGAGUGGGUUACAAAAUUCACAAUUUCCUACAGUGUUGAUGGAAUUGUAUGGAUUCCGCUAAACAAGAUAUUUGAUGGCAACUCUAAGGAACUCCAGGAAACCAUAAUUUUUUUCUUCCCAUCUAUCCCCUCCAAUGCUGCUUAUGUCCGUGUUUAUCCUAUUGAAUAUCAUGGGCACAUCAGCUUACUUGCUCAACUUCUACAAGGCUGUCAGCAUGAGUCAACAACAAUAAAAGUUCAUACAACAACUGAAACACCAACACCGCCCACUCCCACCCCUAAAGUGACAACAACAAGCAUUCAAACCACAACACCUUGCUAUUCCAUAAUGCCUAUCCCGAAGAUAACAUACUCCUCCUCAAGUGAUGAGCAAACAUCGGCAAAAUCAUCAAGUUCUGAGGCGGACUCUCAUGAAUCCUGGACCCCAAACAAACAUGACAGCAACCCAUACCUACAAUUCCAGUUCCCUCCAGGGAAUUCAGUUAUUGGUAUACUAAUCAAGGGCAAGGAAGAAAAGAACGAGUGGGUUACAAAAUUCACAAUUUCCUACAGUGUUGAUGGAAUUGUAUGGAUUCCGUUAAACAAGAUAUUUGAUGGCAACUCUAAGGAACACCAGGAAACCAUCAUCUUUUUCAGCCCAUCUAUCCCCUCCAAUGCUGCUUAUGUCCGUGUUUAUCCUAUUGAAUAUCAUGAGCACAUCAGCUUAUUUGCUCAACUUCUACAAGGCUGUUACCCUGCGUCUUGCUAUUCCAUAAUGCCUAUCCCGAAGAUAACAUACUCCUCCUCAAGUGAUGAGCAAACAUCGGCAAAAUCAUCAAGUUCUGAGGCGGACUCUCAUGAAUCCUGGACCCCAAACAAACAUGACAGCAACCCAUACCUACAAUUCCAGUUCCCUCCAGGGAAUUCAGUUAUUGGUAUACUAAUCAAGGGCAAGGAAGAAAAGAACGAGUGGGUUACAAAAUUCACAAUUUCCUACAGUGUUGAUGGAAUUGUAUGGAUCCCGUUAAACAAGAUAUUUGAUGGCAACUCUAAGGAACACCAGGAAACCAUAAUUUUUUUCAACCCAUCUAUCCCCUCCAAUGCUGCUUAUAUUCGUGUUUAUCCAAUUGAAUAUCAUGAGCACAUCAGCUUACUUGCUCAACUUCUACAAGGCUGCUACCCUGCGUCAACAACAAUACAAGUUCAUACAACAACUGAAACACCAAAACCGCCCACUCCCACCCCUAAAGUGACAACAACAAGCAUUCAAACCACAACACCAACAACAGAAACACCAACACCGCCCACUCCCACCCCUGCAGUGACAACAACAAGCAUUAAAACCACAACACCUUGUUCAAUACCAAUGGAAAAUCCUGAGAUUUCAUAUUCAUCAGGAGAUGUUCCUGGACCAGGCAAACCAUGGUCUCCAAAUAGUGAUGACAACUCCCCAUUCAUAGAAGUAAAAAUACCUCCAGGAAGUACAUUUGUCGGCGUAAUAACCGAGGGUAAUCCAGAGCAACCUCAGUGGGUUUCAAAAUAUGAAAUUUCAUACACCACCGAUGGAGUUCACUGGGUGGUAAUUGACAAGGUAUUUGAAGGCAAUCAUGACAGCACCACGGAACAAACCAACUACGUGGUACCUUCAAUCCCAGAUGUUAUAGCCAUACGCAUCAUACCCGUAGAAUGGAUUGAUCAUGGAGAUAAGCAUACAGAUGAAUCAUAUGAAAAAAUAAGCAUAAUUGUAACAGUUCUGCUAGAUUGCAAAGCUUCAUCAACAACCGAAACAACAACAACGCCCACUCCCACCCCUACAGUGCCAACAACAAGCAUUCAAACCACAACACCUUGUUCAAUACCAAUGGAAAAUCCUGAGAUUUCAUAUUCAUCAGGAGAUGUUCCUGGACCAGGCAAACCAUGGUCUCCAAAUAGUGAUGACAACUCCCCAUUCAUAGAAGUAAAAAUACCUCCAGGAAGUACAUUUGUCGGCGUAAUAACCGAGGGUAAUCCAGAGCAACCUCAGUGGGUUUCAAAAUAUGAAAUUUCAUACACCACCGAUGGAGUUCACUGGGUGGUAAUUGACAAGGUAUUUGAAGGCAAUCAUGACAGCACCACGGAACAAACCAACUACGUGGUACCUUCAAUCCCAGAUGUUAUAGCCAUACGCAUCAUACCCGUAGAAUGGAUUGAUCAUGGAGAUAAGCAUACAGAUGAAUCAUAUGAAAAAAUAAGCAUAAUUGUAACAGUUCUGCUAGAUUGCAAAGCUUCAUCAACAACCGAAACAACAACAACGCCCACUCCCACCCCUACAGUGCCAACAACAAGCAUUCAAACCACAACACCUUGUUCAAUACCAAUGGAAAAUCCUGAGAUUUCAUAUUCAUCAGGAGAUGUUCCUGGACCAGGCAAACCAUGGUCUCCAAAUAGUGAUGACAACUCCCCAUUCAUAGAAGUAAAAAUACCUCCAGGAAGUACAUUUGUCGGCGUAAUAACCGAGGGUAAUCCAGAGCAACCUCAGUGGGUUUCAAAAUAUGAAAUUUCAUACACCACCGAUGGAGUUCACUGGGUGGUAAUUGACAAGGUAUUUGAAGGCAAUCAUGACAGCACCACGGAACAAACCAACUACGUGGUACCUUCAAUCCCAGAUGUUAUAGCCAUACGCAUCAUACCCGUAGAAUGGAUUGAUCAUGGAGAUAAGCAUACAGAUGAAUCAUAUGAAAAAAUAAGCAUAAUUGUAACAGUUCUGCUAGAUUGCAAAGCUUCAUCAACAACCGAAACAACAACAACGCCCACUCCCACCCCUACAGUGCCAACAACAAGCAUUCAAACCACAACACCUUGUUCAAUACCAAUGGAAAAUCCUGAGAUUUCAUAUUCAUCAGGAGAUGUUCCUGGACCAGGCAAACCAUGGUCUCCAAAUAGUGAUGACAACUCCCCAUUCAUAGAAGUAAAAAUACCUCCAGGAAGUACAUUUGUCGGCGUAAUAACUGAGGGUAAUCCAGAGCAACCUCAGUGGGUUUCAAAAUAUGAAAUUUCAUACACCACCGAUGGAGUUCACUGGGUGGUAAUUGACAAGGUAUUUGAAGGCAAUCAUGACAGCACCACGGAACAAACCAACUACGUGGUACCUUCAAUCCCAGAUGUUAUAGCCAUACGCAUCAUACCCGUAGAAUGGAUUGAUCAUGGAGAUAAGCAUACAGAUGAAUCAUAUGAAAAAAUAAGCAUAAUUGUAACAGUUCUGCUAGAUUGCAAAGCUUCAUAUAAAAUACUCCUCCUCAAGUGA